AUGGGAAAGAAGGACCUGAAAAAGAGAGUCUGGAGAAUGAUGCUUGACACAUCUCAGUACUUCAGGAGACCAAGGGCCCAGAAGGGACCUGUCAGUGACCCAGCUUUCCCGUUUCCCUCUCCGGUACGACCUGUUCCACGGCUCUGUGCUCAUCACCCCGCUCCCUGGCCACCGGCGGCCGCCGGGACAGGAUGCAGCUCCGGGAGCUCACGAGGCACCCAGCGCCUCGCGGCCGGCGCUGCGCCCCAAGUUCAUUCCGGCCUCAAGGACACCCCAGCGCCACCGGGGGGAGGAAGCAGGAAGAGAGGGGCUCGGGGACUCUGGGGUGUGGCUGGGGAGGCCGGAUCCCGGCGCUGGGAAAGUGACCUCGGUGGUCAAGGUCGAGCAGAUCCUUCUUCCCACUCCCAGUCCCUCCUGCCAGCACCUCGGUCCUCCCGCCGGGAGCGCUCCGGGGAGGCGCGCAGCCCGGGGACGGCCGGCCACCGGGGUCCCCUCGGGACGCGGAGGGCGGGGGGAGGCGAGGGGCGCCCAGGACGCGCACAGGUGAGCGCGGCGGUCCCGCCUCCCCCGGGAAGGGCCCUUCUCCCUCCGCCCCGCCAGCCGCGGUGGGUGCGGGAGCCUCCAGCCCGCCCACCCCGACCCCAGGGAGGGCCCCGGCACCCGAACCCCAAUCUCUGCGUGCAGCACCCACGUUCCUCCAUCAGGCUGCUCCCAAGCCCUUGUCUCGGGGUCUCCCUCUUCCCUCCCUUUUCCCCCCGUCUCUUCUCCGCGCCCCGUAAAAGUUUGGCCCCAGCCGGCGGCCCGGCGCCCCCACUCACCCUGCGGGAAGCGGAGCCUGAGCGCCCGGCGCGCGGGGAGCAGGGGAGGCGGCGCGAGCGCGGAGCUCCUCUCGGCGGCCUCGCGCCCCGGCGGCCGGCUGCACUGCGAGGGGAGGAGGCGCCGCUGUCACCUGCCCGCGCUCCCACCCGCGGCGUGACGCGCCGUCGCCCCCGCCCUCCUGCCAGGUCCUAA